UCUGCUCAGUUUUUCAACAAUAUUAUGUUUAUAUGAGGACAAAACUGACAUGUUUGGGUUAUCUACGACAUACUUUACAGUGCGAGGAGCCUCUGUCAAAUUAAUGCGCGAUGUUGUCACUCACAGUAAGAAAAAUGCUUUGCGUCACCAACAUUUCAGCAAAAGGUAUCACUACAAAAGAAAAAAGACAGAGCCGCACUUUUAUUUAACGCUUUCUCCCGUCUUGCUUUCAUUCAGUUUGUUUUCUACCUCAAAUGACUCACAGAAGGACAAAGAAAAAGAUAAAAACAAAGAUAUACAGAACCUGGUUAGACAAGGAAAGAAAAUGCUGGCACAAAACUACCAUCCGAAGAAAGCGGAAAUGCUUUAUAUACAAGCUCUUCAUCUUGCUUUGGAAAGAAAGGACAGAAAAGUGAUUGCUUACAUCCAAGAUUUACUGGCAAACUUGGCACUUCAUACAAAUGAAUAUGAUAAAGCUGAGCCUCUGUUUCGAAAUGUGCUUCAAAAUUUGAUAGCUACAGGCAAGGAACCGAACGAUCCAGCAAUCCUUGAAAUUUCCCUCAAACUUGCGAGUAUAUAUGCCAGUCAAGGAAAGAGAGAACUAGCAAUCACGGGUUACACAUGGUGUGCGGAUACAUGCAGAACCAACCUCAAGAAAAUGGAGGAAGAUGGAGCUGGAAUGGGAGAUGAAGAGUUUGAAAACAGUGUUGCCUUGCUUGGUAUGAUACUAGAUUCUUAUGGUCGGUAUUUAUUUGACCAUGGAAACCAUCAGGAAGCACUGGUUUGUACAAUGGAAGCAAAAUCAUUAUGUGAAAGACUAUAUGGAAAAACUGACUUGAGGACAUUGAUUAUCUACAAUGAUAUUGGUUCAGUGAAGAGCAGGAUGGGAAAACAUGAGGAAGCUUUUGAAUAUGUGAAGAUGGCGGUUGAUGCAGCAGAAAACAGCGGUGCAGAUCCAAGUGAAAAGGCUGUGUUUUAUACAAACCUAUCAAUGGUUUGUAUGAGGAAAGGUAAACCAGCAGAGGCUGAAGAAGCUUACAAGAAAGCCUUGGUGGAAGUUUCAAAAACAAAAGAUGAUGCACUGAAGAAAUAUGUUGGGUCCUUAGCCAAUAUACUAGUGCCAGACCAACCACAUAGUGUUAAAUAAAUUGCACAGUUUCGAAUAAUUUCGGCAUUUUCUAAAGUUGUGCUUUUUUUAUUUUUCAACAAUGAGCCAAACUCAGGAUUUCGUCUUUUUGUUGUGGAAAAACUGAAAAAAUAGUUCGUUAUGGAGUCAUUGAAUAUAUGGAUAAAGA